AUGGAGAACCAGACGCCGCAAGAUGGCCAGCCCAGCCGUGACAGCAGCAUUAGCUUGGAAGAUGACAUUGCGCUGUCUCCGAGCCAAAGCAGAUCCGAUCUUUACACUACACGCCAUCCACACAGAGAGGUGUAUGGCCCUGUGACUUCGGGGCCAUUCUUGAUGAUGCCACUCGAUUUGCCUAACAUGUACGCUGCAGAGGACCCAUCUGCAGGUACGCAGCCCUCAGAUGAGAGCGACUCCUCCUUGCUUUUCGGACGCCGUCUCGAACGCUACUUGGCGGAAGAGCAUUAUCACGAACGGAUUGGGCGGCAUCCCUUGGCAGUGAACAAGGCGACUGUUAAGAGGUACCUCCCCGAAAUUAUACAGAACGUGGACAACGAUGCGUCUCAAGCGGAGGCUACUCAAGGCGCAACAACAGACUGUGAUGAGAGAGACUGUCGGGGAUCGACUACCACUUUGACUUCUACGACUUCUGAUUCUUCGCCGGAACCUAUCAGAGCACACAAUAAUAACGACGCGGCCACGGUGCUGCUUCCUCUAAUAACAUCUUUCUCAAGCUAUGACAUGAUUCCAAGGUUUUUGGAACCAGACGAGACCGACGCGGCUCUCGUCAAGCCGAAACACGGACAGACUAGCAGUGAGUCCCAUCUACUAGGUUCAGGUAUUUGUGAAGAGGACCUUGAAGUGGGACACAUCCUGAUGUACGUAUACAAAUAG